CCCCAUCCCUUCUCCUCUCUCUCUCUCUCUCCAGUUGCGUUCGAACCCUCUCUCUUCUCUCUCUAUAAAUAGAAAGCCUGGCUGGGUUUAAAUCUUCACCUUUCCUCUGAUAUUUUUAUUUUCUUGCCCUCUUACAUUCCAUCGUCCCGUCUUGCACGCGAUAAAAAUCUGUUUCUGGGAUCCAGUGAUGUCGAAGUCAGGAGCUCUGGAUCUUGCUUUUGGUGUGGGAGGAAGGAUCGACAAGAAGGAAGUUAAAUCGGCAGUGGAGCAGUAUGAGAACUAUCAUGUCUAUUUUGGAGGGGAUGAGGAAACAAGAAAAGCCAACUACAGUGACAUGGUAAACAAGUACUAUGAUCUUGCAACAAGCUUCUAUGAAUUUGGCUGGGGAGAGUCCUUCCAUUUUGCUCCCAGAUGGAAAGGGGAAUCAUUAAAAGAAAGCAUCAAGCGCCACGAGCAUUUUCUUGCCCUACAACUAGGCUUGAAAAGGGGAAUGAAGGUUUUGGAUGUGGGCUGUGGAAUUGGUGGACCACUACGGGAAAUUGCAAGAUUUAGCUUGGCAUCCAUUACCGGAUUGAACAACAAUGAAUACCAGAUAACAAGAGGCAAGGAGCUAAACCAGCUAGCAGGAUUGAGUGAGUCUUGCAACUUCGUUAAGGCCGACUUCAUGAAAAUGCCAUUCCCCGAUAACACUUUUGAUGCGAUAUAUGCUAUAGAAGCAACAUGUCAUGCACCAGAUGUGCUUGGCUGCUAUAAGGAGAUUUAUAGAGCACUGAAGCCUGGCCAGUGUUUUGCGGCCUAUGAGUGGUGCAUGACCGAUCACUUUGAUCCGACAAAUGAAAGUCAUCAGAAAACUAAGGCUGAAGUCGAGCUUGGUAAUGGUCUCCCUGACAUAAGAACUACAAAGCAAUGCCUUGAAGCCUUAAGGCUUGCUGGAUUUGAGGUCGUAUGGGAGAAGGAUCUUGCAUUAGAUUCACCUGUGCCAUGGUAUUUGCCCUUGGAUACGAGGCAUUUCUCCAUAACAAGCUUUCGACUGACUGCUUUUGGACGUUUCAUUACCCGAACUAUGGUUAAGACACUAGAAUUUGUGCGUCUUGCUCCAGCGGGAAGUGACAGAGUAUCAUCAUUCCUGGAAAAGGCUGCUGAAGGACUUGUGGAAGGUGGAAGGAAAGAAAUUUUCACCCCGAUGUACUUCUUCCUUGCCCGGAAGCCCCUUUGAUAAUUUCGUGGAGCAGCUUUGUCCGCCAUGGCUGCUACUUAACGACGGGGGAUUUGCCAUGAUUCUAUAUAUGUUUUCCUUUUCCUUAUUGUUGGUGAAUAUUAUGAUAGCUUGCUCCCUGCGGAAACAUCUAUUUGAUUCUGCCAUCUUGUGAUAGCCACCGAACUGCUGAAAAUUGCUCUGACAAUGAUAAAACCCCAAGGCAGGGACCUUAUCAAGUUGAUGUUCUUCUGGUUCUUGUUACUCCACCAAGGGCUUUGUUAGCGUUGUCUGUGGGUGCCAUAGAAUGAAGACAGGUCCUGCCAAUAUGGAGAUGCUCCAGUCCUCUUGUCACGCAAGGCAGAACGCCAUUUCCAUUGCCACAAAUGAUCAGAACAUUCAUUGACAACCUAGUAUUUUAUGAGAAGCUCCCCUUCGUGCGCGCUACUAAUUAAAUUCGAAUGUGAAGAACGGGGCUAUAAAUCCUUUUGAAGCAUGCCUCGUUCUAGUUGUCUCUAGAGGCAAGAGAUAAUACAUUCGGGGCUAAUGAUUCAUGGCUAUGGCUAAUGGGUAUGGUCUUAGAUUCUCAUUGUUUGUAAGAAUAAAAGUCACCAAGUUACAUUUGCCAUUUAACUUUCUUUUGUUGCAUCAUAAGAGAAACUUUCCUUGUCA